AUGGCAUCGGAGAAAUCCCCGUCGAUCGCCCUCCCGCCACCGAUCCAGACUGGUCGCCGAGUCAGUCCUUCACCACUUGGCUUGAGACAGCGCCCUUUGGGGCGAGCGUCCACCAUCAUAGAAGGCAAUGCACAGCUCAACCGGCGGCGAAGCUCCUUUCUCUCCGAGAGUCUUUCCGAGACAAGAAAGUCUUUUCGUUCCUCCACCGACGAUAUAUGGUUGCCGCGGCCGAAAGGGACCACUGACCUCGAGGAUGAGGAUGACACGUCCCAUUGGCAGUCAUUGCCUCUUGUUCUAGCCUUGCUUCCUGCGGCAGGUGGCUUGUUCUUCACAGAUGGAAGCGCCAUCAUUACCGAUAUCACUUUACUCGGUCUGGCGGCUAUCUUCAUGAACUGGGCUCUCAGAUCGCCAUGGGACUGGUAUCGUGCAUCUCAAAGCUCGGUCAUCGCCGAUCCAGUUUCUCCUACUGCGAUUACCCCGAUUGACGAGACUGACGAACAGCAAGAUCCUUCGGCGACAGAGGGUGGUGCCGGAGACGAGGCCGCCCAUGCCAAAUCCAACCGCAGGGCUGCCUCUGCCGACACCUUUGACAGGGAACGGACAUCCGCUCAAAGAGAACUUCGCAUCCACGAGGUUUUGGCGUUGCUGUCGUGCUUCAUCUUUCCGCUGAUGGCUGCUUGGCUUCUUCACGCAAUCCGGGCACAACUUUCACGCCCAUCCGAGGGACUCGUCUCGAACUACAACCUGACCAUCUUCAUUCUGGUGGCGGAAAUACGACCACUUUCUCAUAUGAUCAAGAUGGUACAACGGAGGACUCUGUUCUUGCAGCGACGAGUGAAUGCAGAGGUUCUGCAGGAAGCAAGCCAAUCAGACACCCAACAACUUCGGGACGUGGCGCAUAGGUUGGAGGAAUUGGAAGCUCAUAUCGCGGAUCGCAUUGCAGGGUCUGGGGAGCAGUCGACUGACCAAGCUGGUGAUGUGCUGGCGGCCAAGGCAUCGGCAUUGGCGACAUUAGAUGUGAGAAAGACCAUGCAGCCCGAGCUCGACGCUCUGAACCGCGCCAUGCGACGAUACGAGAAGAGAAGCACGAUUUCGUCAGUGCAGAUCGAGGCGAGGCUGGAAGACCUCGAACUCCGAUUGAAUGACGUCGUUGCCCUAGCUGCCGCUGCUCAGCGGAAUGUCGAUCGGCGGCCAGACACUUAUGUUGUCACUCUUACCAACUGGGUGUGCGCAGCCAUCGUCUUGCCGGUGCAGUAUAUGCUCUAUGUGGCAAACCUGCCGGGGAGAAUUGUGACUGCGGCGGUCGCCCUUCCCAAGAAGUAUCUGGCCACAAGACGCAGACCCCAGACCACGAAGGGAGGCCGCCCGUCUCGGAAGGUCGCUGUGCGGCCGAUCGAGCAAGAAAGAAGGCUCAAACCGAUGCAGUAA